AUGUCUGCUAAAGAGAACCCCUGCAGGAAAUUUCAAGCCAACAUUUUUAAUAAAAGCAAAUGUCAAAAUUGCUUUAAGCCUCGGGAAUCCCAUUUGCUCAAUGAUGAAGAUUUAAACCAGGCAAAGCCCAUCUACGGUGGUUGGCUGCUGCUGGCACCAGAAGGGACGGACUUUGACAACCCUGUGCACCGUUCCCGGAAAUGGCAGCGCCGGUUCUUCAUCCUCUACGAACAUGGCCUGCUGCGCUACGCCCUGGACGAGAUGCCCACGACCCUCCCACAGGGCACCAUCAACAUGAACCAGUGCACAGAUGUUGUGGAUGGGGAGAGCCGGACGGGGCAGAAGUUCUCCCUGUGCAUCCUGACUCCCGAGAAAGAGCACUUCAUCCGAGCUGAGAACAAGGAGAUCAUCAGCGGGUGGCUGGAGAUGUUGAUCGUCUACCCGAGGACAAACAAGCAGAAUCAGAAGAAGAAGAGGAAGGUAGAGCCCCCAACCCCGCAGGAACCUGGUCCCGCUAAGAUGGCUGUGACCAGUAGCAACAUUCCUAAUGCAGAGAAGGUCCCCACUACAAAGUCCACCCUCUGGCAAGAAGAAAUGAGGGGCAAAGAUCAACCAGAUGGGAACAGUAGCAUCAGCCCAGCCCAGAGCCCCAUGCAGAGUCAGGCCAUGCCUGCCAGCUCCUUGAAGGAACCUGUGUUGGAAAGCAAAGAAGAUGAGAGCUCCAUGAAUGGCGACCGGAUAGACUGUGGGCGGAAGGCGCGUGUUGAGAGCGGUUACUUUUCCUUGGAGAAGACCAAGCAAGACUCGAAGUUGGAAGAGCAGCAGCUGCCACCUCCACCAUCCCCUCCCAGCCCCAGCACCCCGAACAACAGGCGGUCCCAGGUAAUUGAAAAAUUUGAGGCAUUAGAUAUAGAGAAUGCAGAGCAUAUGGAAACCAAUGCGUCCGCAGGCCCCUCCCUUUCCAGCGAGACACGUCAGGGCAGGAGCGAGAAGAGGGUUUUCCCCAGGAAACGGGACUUCACCUCUGAAACUGCAGCAGUGGGAUCCAUCCUGGAAGUCUCAGCUUCCCCUUUGUCUCCUCACCGUAGAGCAAAAUCACUGGAUAGAAGGUCCACUGAGUCCUCCAUGACGCCGGACCUGCUGAACUUCAAGAAGGGAUGGCUGACGAAGCAAUACGAGGAUGGGCAGUGGAAGAAACACUGGUUUGUGCUGACGGAUCAGAGCCUGAGAUACUACAGGGAUUCCGUGGCAGAGGAGGCAGCUGAUUUGGAUGGAGAAAUUGAUUUGUCUACAUGCUAUGACGUCACGGAAUAUCCAGUUCAGCGAAACUAUGGCUUCCAGAUCCAUACUAAAGAAGGGGAAUUCACCCUCUCUGCCAUGACCUCUGGGAUUAGACGAAACUGGAUCCAGACGAUCAUGAAGCACGUUCGCCCCACCGCCGCUCCAGAUGUGACCAGCUCCUUGCCAGAAGAGAAAAGCAAAACCAGCUCUUCCUUUGAGACCUGUCCAAAGCCAAGUGAGAAGCAGGACUCGGACCAAGCUGAGAUGGAUCCUGAGCAGAAGCGGAGCCGUGCCCGGGAGCGCAGGCGAGAGGGACGCUCCAAAACCUUUGACUGGGCUGAGUUCCGCCCCAUUCAGCAAGCCUUGGCGCAGGAGAGAGCCACUGCUGCAGAGCCCUCGAAGAGCAGCUCUACGGCCUUCCCCAGGGAACCCAGCGCUCCGGACGCAGACCCCGGGGAGCUGGAACGGGAGCGUGCUCGGCGGAGAGAGGAGAGGCGCAAGCGCUUUGAGAUGAUCGAUGCUGUUGAUGGGGCAGGCCCAGAGGACGUGUUGAGGAUGGACGUGGACAGGAUCCCAGGCCUGCCCAUCACAGGGGAGGUGAAGCCACAGAACGUUCAUGUGGAGAUUGAGCAGCGAUGGCACCAGGUGGAGACGACCCCUCUACGGGAGGAGAAGCAAAUCCCCAUCAUGCCCCUGCACGUGGCCCAACCGGACGACAGAGACGACGGGAUCCACAAGCAGCAGCUAACCUCACUGCUGGAGAAGGAGUUGGAGCAGAGCCAGAAGGAGGCAUCAGACCUCCUCGAGCAGAACCGGGUCCUGCAGGGCCAACUGAAGGUGGCACUGGGCCGGGAGCAGAGUGCCAGGGAAGGCUACGUGUUGCAGGCGACAUGUGAACGUGGGUUUGCGGCCAUGGAAGAGACGCAUCAGAAGAAGAUUGAGGAUCUGCAGAGGCAACACCAGCGGGAACUGGAGAAACUGCGGGAGGAGAAAGAUCGCCUGCUAGCGGAAGAAACAGCCGCUACCAUCUCGGCCAUCGAAGCCAUGAAGAACGCCCACCGUGAGGAGCUGGAGAGGGAGCUGGAGAAGACCCAGCGCUCCCAGAUCAGCAGUGUCAACUCGGAUAUUGAGGCCCUCAGGAAGCAGUACUUGGAGGAGCUGCAGUCGGUCCAGCGGGAACUGGAAGUCCUUUCGGAGCAGUACUCCCAGAAGUGCUUGGAGAACGCUCAUUUGGCCCAGGCCCUGGAGGCUGAGAGGCAGGCCCUCCGCCAGUGCCAGCGAGAGAACCAGGAGCUCAAUGCACACAAUCAGGAGCUGAAUAACCGCCUGGCUGUGGAGAUCACACGGUUACGGACCGGGGAGGGAGGGGGAGAGGCUGCUGGCUCGCCUCUCACGCAGGGCAAGGAUGCCUAUGAGUUAGAGGUCCUAUUACGGGUCAAGGAAUCAGAAAUCCAGUACCUGAAGCAGGAGAUCAGCUCCCUCAAGGAUGAGUUGCAGACGGCACUACGGGAUAAGAAAUACGCCAGUGACAAGUACAAAGACAUCUACACGGAGCUGAGCAUCGUGAAGGCCAAGGCAGACUGCGACAUCAGCAGGUUGAAAGAGCAGCUGAAGGCAGCCACAGAAGCGCUGGGCGAGAAAUCCCCCGAGAAUACCACUGUGUCGGGAUACGACAUCAUGAAAUCAAAAAGCAACCCUGACUUCUUGAAGAAAGACAGAUCCAGUGUUAGCCGGCAACUAAGGAAUAUCAGGUCAAAGAGUCUGAAGGAAGGCCUGACCGUGCAAGAACGCUUGAAGCUCUUUGAAUCCAGGGACUUGAAGAAAGACUAG